GCACCUCGCAGGUCGGGAGGGCGGGGCCGUCAGGGGCGCGGCCCCGGGACCCCGCCCCGCCAGGGACUCUCGGGAGCGCGGCCCCGGGCGUACUGCACGGCGCACAGGCGGCGGGAGCGCAGCGGUCCUCUGCGGGAGCCGCGGGUCGGGAGAACCGUUUCAGCUACUGCUGGAGAUUGUGUUUCCAGGGAUUGCGGAAAACCCAUCAGGAACCGAAAAUGCCGAAGCCAAUCAACGUCCGAGUUACCACCAUGGAUGCGGAGCUGGAGUUUGCCAUCCAGCCAAACACAACAGGAAAACAGCUCUUUGAUCAGGUGGUUAAGACUAUCGGCCUUCGGGAAGUGUGGUACUUUGGCCUCCAGUAUGUGGAUAACAAAGGAUUUCCUACCUGGUUGAAACUUGAUAAAAAGGUGUCCGCCCAGGAGGUCAGAAAGGAGAACCCUCUCCAGUUCAAGUUCCGGGCCAGGUUCUACCCCGAGGACGUGUCUGAGGAGCUCAUCCAGGACAUCACUCAGAAGCUUUUCUUCCUGCAAGUGAAGGACGGGAUUCUCAGCGACGAGAUCUACUGCCCGCCCGAGACCGCGGUGCUCCUGGGCUCCUACGCCGUGCAGGCCAAGUUCGGAGACUACAACAAAGAGCUGCACAAGUCCGGCUACCUCGGCUCUGAGCGGCUCAUCCCCCAGAGAGUCAUGGACCAGCACAAGCUCACCAGGGACCAGUGGGAGGACCGGAUCCAGGUGUGGCACGCCGAGCACCGCGGGAUGCUCAAAGACAGCGCCAUGUUGGAGUAUCUGAAGAUUGCCCAGGACCUGGAAAUGUAUGGAAUCAACUACUUUGAGAUAAAAAAUAAGAAAGGAACAGACCUUUGGCUUGGAGUUGAUGCUCUCGGACUAAAUAUUUAUGAGAAAGACGAUAAGUUGACCCCAAAGAUUGGCUUUCCGUGGAGUGAAAUCAGGAACAUCUCUUUCAAUGACAAAAAGUUUGUCAUUAAACCCAUCGACAAGAAGGCACCUGACUUUGUGUUCUAUGCCCCCCGCCUGCGGAUUAACAAGCGGAUCCUGCAGCUCUGCAUGGGGAACCACGAGCUGUACAUGCGCCGCAGGAAGCCCGACACCAUUGAGGUGCAGCAGAUGAAGGCCCAGGCCCGGGAGGAGAAGCACCAGAAGCAGCUGGAGCGGCAGCAGUUGGAAACAGAGAAGAAACGGAGGGAAACGGUGGAGAGAGAGAAGGAGCAGAUGAUGCGCGAGAAGGAGGAGCUGAUGCUCAGGCUUCAGGACUACGAGGAGAAGACCAGGAAGGCGGAGAGAGAGCUCUCCGACCAGAUCCAGAGGGCGCUGCAGCUGGAGGAGGAGAGGAAGCGCGCACAGGAGGAGGCCGAGCGCCUGGAGGCCGACCGCGUGGCUGCGCUGCGUGCCAAGGAGGAGCUGGAGAGGCAGGCGGUGGAUCAGAUAAAGAGCCAGGAGCAGCUGGCCACAGAACUCGCCGAGUACACUGCCAAGAUCGCCCUUCUGGAGGAGGCUCGGCGACGCAAGGAGGACGAGGUGGAGGAGUGGCAGCUCCGGGCCAAAGAGGCCCAGGAUGACCUGGUGAAGACCAAGGAGGAGCUGCACCUGGUCAUGACGGCGCCCCCGCCGCCACCCCCGGUCUACGAGCCCGUGAGCCUGCACGUGCAGGAGAGCCCGCCGGAGGAGAGCCCGGAGUACACGGGCUACAGCGCCGAGCUGUGCAGCGAGGGCAUCCUGGACGACCGCAACGAGGAGAAGCGCAUCACCGAGGCCGAGAAGAACGAGCGCGUGCAGCAACAGCUGAUGACGCUGACCAACGAGCUGUCCCAGGCCAGAGACGAGAACAAGAGGACCCACAACGACAUCAUCCACAACGAGAACAUGAGGCAAGGCCGGGACAAGUACAAGACGCUGCGCCAGAUCCGCCAGGGCAACACCAAGCAGCGCAUCGACGAGUUCGAAGCCAUGUGAGGCGCACGGCCUCGCGGCCGCAGCCCCAGCCCCGGCCGUGCUCGCUCGCUGGCAGUCCUCCAAACCCGUACCCCUCGCCGCCCCCCAGGUCCUUUACAAAGAGUAGUUAUUUCAGUGGGAAUGUUCUGGGGCUGCGACCAGUGGCAUCUCCCUGGUUUGUCCCCCGAUUGUAUCAUAGUGCCAAACAGGCCUGAUUUUUAUUAUUAUUGAAUCACUUCCUGUUUUAUGCUUGGAGCGGGACUGAAUCAAGGAGAGAUGCUUGUAAAGUCCGCGUAACUAACUCCAUGCUGGCAUGUGGUGUGAGAUUCAGUGUAAUUACACCACAUCGUGGCUUAUAUGCUGUGCCAUACUUUUUCUGCAUUCGAAAUUAGCUGAAAUUGAUUUCUUGAUUUCUAUGAAGGAUCCAUCCUUAUGUUUUCUGAUGGGUGAAAAUUUUGAAAACUGAGUCUGAAGCACUCUCUUCCCACACAUGCCCACGCCACCUCCUCCCCGGGCCUCUGGGUCAGUCGACGAAAUCCUGUGAUCGUGCAGUGGAUCACUCAGGGUAAACAAUGCAGGAGGAUGCUCUAGAGCUGCGGUAAAUUUUUCUUUUUUUUGCUUAACAGUUAGAGGCUACCUUGUUGGACCUGCACCUGAAUACUGAUCAGCUAUAGAGUAUAGUAUUUAUAUGUAAUGAUAAUACCGGUUUGUAACAUUAGUUUAAAAAAGGGAAAGUCUCAUUCUGUAUAUUUUGUUAACUUUUACAGAAUAAUAAAAGAUUUACCUAUGAAAAA